GAGAGAGAGAGAAAAAGAGCGAGAGUGAGAGAGGAAGGCCAAUUAUGCAACUCAAUAAAAUGAUGAUCUAAUAUUUUGCUUAUUCAUGAUAAGGAAUAUGAAAAGAGAAAAAUUUUAUUGGAAAUCAGAUUGAAUGUUAACUUAUUUUUUUUUGUUUCAUAUUCAUAUUGGAUUGUGUCUUAACGACUAUUCACUAGUGAAAUACUGGGAUAGCAACACAGAAGAAAAUGAUAACCAAUCCGAGUUAUCUAAAAAUGGUCGGUGAACGUUCUACAAGCGAACAACGUGGACCAAGUGUUCUCGCUAAACCUAUUAGGCCUUCACCAUUUUCUGGAUCUUAUCGAGCUGCUUCAGCUGAGAAUAAACAUGUUCAUGCGCCGUGGGUAUUUAAUAAUAAUCCACAAGUUUUAGAUAAUUCAUCAAAAAAUCAUCGAAAUGCUCAAAGAUCAAGUAUUGCAAGUUUAUCUUCUUCAUCGGCGUUAUCAAUAGAUGAACGAUUCAAUGGUGGACUUAAUAUAAAAUCAUUUGAAAAAUAUGCACAUAUGGGUCAACCACAUGUUAUUGCUUUGUAUAAUUUUGAAACUGGAGUGGAUGGUGAUUUAGAAUUUGAAGUUGGUGACAUAAUUAUGCUUGAAGAUAUUGUUGAUGAAUCAUGGUAUAAAGGAAGAUCUAUAAGAACUGGUGCUGUUGGAAUAUUUCCAAUGAAUCAUGUUGAAGUACGCAUUCCAUUAACUUCUGGUCUAUUUACAAAUACUCAACCUAAAAUGCAAUUUGUAUAUUCUAAUCGAUCAAAAAAUUGCACAAAUACCAUACGGACUAAUUCUCAUCCAUCUUUCAGAAAGAAACCUGUACCAUUACCAAAGAUUAUAAAUCAAUCUGCGCCUUCAUCAAAUUCAACAGAAUCGUUGAAUUCACAAACCACAAAUUCUUUGUUAAAUUGUAAAAGUCCUACUAACAAUUUGACCAAUACAGACCAAUACAGAGUUUGCACUACUCCACUGAGUACAAGUUUACCAGUCAAUAAUUUAUUGCCUAAUCGUGUUCAAGUUUCUACAAAACCAUUCUCACAUUCGACUGUCAAGUCACCAAAUUCAUUACAAAUCAAGUCACAACUCGCACCAAAUCCAACACCACCACCUCCACCUCCACCAUCAUCGUCAACAUCAACUGAUCAUCUACAAGAGCAACAACAAAUACCUAAACCUUGUAAUGCACCACCUGUGAUUAAUUCAUUGAAACCAAGAAAUCAAACUGCGAUAUCACAAAUAGCUCAAAUGUUACAAGAAAAAGGUAUUGUUUCUUAUCGUAGUAGACAAAUGCCAUCUGGAGCAAAACAUUUAUAUCCAGGAUCACAUCCUUUGUUAAUUUCUUCAGCUCCUUCAUCAUCAGAACGUUUAAAAUCAUUAACACAAAUGAAUAAUAUACAUGAUAAGAACAACAAUAAUAUUCGAAAUGGUACUGAAAAUGAUAACCAUAAUGUUAAUAAGAAGAUUCAAGAUGAGACAACUAAUAAGAUAAACAAUGAAAAAAGUGAAGAAGAACAAACUUCCGUUAAAACUACAAAGUAUCAUUCACCUUUAUUAGUUGAAACAGUAUUGAGCAAACUACUUCCAGAAUUAAAUCGAUCUCCAAGUAGGUCUACAGAUUCAAAUAGCUUGAAUAAAACACCAAAUAAUAAAAAUAUAUUUGAUUCAAGAAUGGAUAAUUCAAAAAGGUUAGAUGUUGACAGAAAACAUUCAAUAGAAAAUUCAUAUUCAACUGACAUUAAGAAUGGUAGUGUAACUAAUACUACUACUAACAAUAAUAUCAGUAAUGCAUCGAAUCAUUUAAAACAUUCAAGUGAAUCAAACAAGCAUAAUGAUAUUGAAACUGAUAAUGGAGAUCAGUCAACAGAUGCCAAAUCAAUAACAAUUGUUAAAAGUGCCAAAUUAUUGCGUAAUAAUAGUUCUACUACAAACAAAAGUAAUUUUGAUUACAAUAGUCAUAUAAGAAGAGCGUAUACCAUAACAAAACCUCCAGAAAAACUAGUCACAUCAAAGGCUUAUAUAAGUUUAUCUUCUUCUGGGAAAUCACUAAACAAUAAUCAGAUUUCAACAACAACGGCCGAAGAAAAAACAACAAACGUAAGAUGUGAUCAACAAUCUCCACGAUCUGAAUCAAAUCAUCAAUAUUCAUUAUUGAAAUCUACUGGAGAGAGUAAUCAUAGUAAAUUGAUUGCAACAAAUGAUUGGUUAAUAGUUGAACAUGAACAAUUGGGCAAUGAAUCAACUGGUGAACUUCAUUUAACUGUAAAUUAUGUCAAUCUUUUAUUAUACAUACUUUCUCAUAUUUUAUUCAAUUAAGGUUUAUUAUAGAAGAAUUGCCGCUACCAUUUUUAUAUUAAAAAUACGUACCUCUUCAGUUUGGUCAACUCGCAUAUUACAUCAAACAUUAUUAGAUUUCAUUUUACCGCAAUGGAUGGUUUUCCGUAAUUUAUGAUCAUAUGCUCACUAGUGACUGACUCCAUGAGAUAAUUUCUGGAGCUCUAGUGAGAAACCGCGACCAGCGGAGCUAAUCCAUGUCAGGUAGAGACAGGUAUCUACCUUAGUACAAUGGAAGUUGGUCGCGCAAUUUCGUGGAUUGAUUGAGGUUAGACAUCAACACUGUUGGAUGCCGGCUCGGUGGUGUAUCGGUUAAGUACUCUGGCGCGAGACUGGUAGGUCCUGGGUUAGAAUCUCGCGUGGCGGGAUAGUGGAUGCGCACUGCUGAGGAGUUCCACAAUGGGAGGAAACGGCCGUCUAGUGCUUCCAGGUUUUACAUGGUGGUCUAGCUUCAACUGACUCAUGAUCUCAACUAUAUAAAAUCACUAAAAUCUCCACGAAACCUCCUUCUGAUUUUCGAAAUACUCCUACGUCUACUAGUUAAAGUCAUUUGUGUUAUUGCUGCUGAAAAAAAUAAACCAAGGCGUUUAAACACUCAUGUUUACUAGCUAAGUGACCUUAUAUUCACUUGGUAUUGUUUGCUUGAAUCUUUCCAAUGAGUGCACUUGAUCAGUCUCUUUAUGACAUAUGUGCAUACUCUGCGUAUUGCCUCGAUAUAGUCUUAAUUCACAAGCAUUAUAAGCAAUGAUGAAUGGAGAUUAGCAGUGGAAACCACAACGCGCGUUUCGUCCAAUAUGGGACUCGUCAGUUGGAUGUACCUUAUUGAUGAAUUUUCAAAGUUAGCACAUGUUAUCACUGCUUUGAGCGAGUAAAAUUGCAUACAAAAGUGCAUUUCGAAGUAUAGUUACUUGAAUUGUUAGUAAAAAUUGUAGCGAAGGUGUAAUGAAGUAUACAAAUACUUGAACAGUUAAAGUAGAUCACUUUAUGAAAAAAAAUACACAAUGGCCAUUGUAGUUCAAAUGUAUGUGUAUUAAAAAUGAAAUGUGAAAGGUGUAAGAAAAAUUGGAAUGGUUGAAACUUGAUCUCGUCUAACCGAAAAAGUAGAAUAAAGAUGUUAUAAUGUGCUAGCGUCUGACAAAGAACCUUGAUCAAUUAGAGCAUUCAUCUGAAAUACAUUGGAAAUCAUAAGAUUAUGUAUGAAAACUAUAAAACUACUCUAUAAACACUUUAAUUUAAUUCGAACAAGCCAAGUAUGUAGGACAGUUUGCAGAAUACUCAGAUAACCCUGUUUUCGUUCACUUAGAUAGAGAACAGCAAAUGUAAACAUUUGAGAAUCGUUUUCAAUUUCUACCAAUAAAGUUAAGAUUUUGAUGUAGGUUUGUUCUCUGAGCUGGAUGGUUUGGUCGUGGAGCUUUAAUCGUCCUUCUGAACGACAUCAUCAGCACAAACUUCAGGUAGAAUUGAAGUAUUUGAAUUUCUCCACAUGUGAUUCACAGCUUGUCCUGUACACCUCGAUGUUGAUUGGUUCUUAUUGACCUUAAAUCUGUCAUUGUUUAUUUCUUUGUUUUGGCUGUAUCUCCUAUUGGUUUGAUUUUUGGUUUCUAUGUUUCUGCAUAAUUUUCUUGAUUGGUUAUCACCCACCUGAGCCACAAAUCUUCUCCACCAUUUCAAAAAUAAGAUUACACUUCCUCUUCAUAGCUGAUGAUGCCAAGGUCGCUACGAAACCAAACCUACAUGUUCAAUAAACGUAUAUGUUCCAGCUCAUCGUUUGAUAUGAGUCAAAAUAAGAUUAUUUGAUUUCUAAGCUAUAUAUGAUAAAGUUUCAUUAUCAAUCUCGUUUUAUGUCUAUUAGAGCCUUGCCUUGUUACUAUGAAUCAAUUUUAAUUAUCUUCAUGUUUUUCUUUACAGGUUGGUGAUAUCCUUAAAUGUAUUGAUUCAAAUCCUCAAGUUUGUGAUACACGUAGUAAUACUCAUCACCAGUAUUCACUGUCUUCAUCAUUAAGUAGAAAAUGGAUAAAAUGUGAAAACUGGUUUGGUGUUAUUGGUUUAGUAAAAAUCUCCAAUGUUCGAGUUAUUGAUAACUCAAAUGAAUUGGCUUCUUGUUUGGAAGCUAGACCACGUGUCAAAGCUUUAUAUAAAUUUGAUGAAGAAACUGAUGAAGAUUUAGCUUUAUCGCCUGGUGAAAUAGUGUAUUUAUUUGAAGCUAUUGAUGAAAACUGGUAUCGUGGGGAAUCGGCUAGUACUGGUAAUCGUGGAAUGUUUCCGGCAACAUUUGUUGAAGUUAUCAAGCCUCUGUAAAGAUUCAUAAAACUAACUGUGAUCUAAACUCUAUGUAAUUAUACUUAAUCUAUUUCCUUUAGAAUGAAAUUGUGUCAUAAGUUACUGAAAACAUACAAAUUUGUAAACAUUAUCUAAAUACUACUUAAACUAUAUUAUUUAUAUUUGCAUAUGUAUUUUAAUUUGACAUUCAGUUCAAUACAGACUGAGAGUAAAUUG